AUAGAGAUACAAAUAGGAAGGGUGAGGGCGGCGAAAGACGGACGAGAGCAUUAAAGAAGAAACCCGACUACUUCCCUCCUGUAUUUCUCCCGUACAAGCCCUGCGAAUAAAAAGGUUGUUUCAUUCUGUUCCAAGAACGGAACUUUCGCUCCCUUCACCGCGUUUAAAUCCAAAACUCUUGUAGGGUUUGGCGUGGAGAGGCGGAGCGAUGGCGCAAAUGAAGCACUCGGUGGAGGUGGAGAAGGGACAGGAGGGCGGCGACGGCGAGCCUUCCGUCGGCCCUGCCUACCGGAGCGUCUUCGCCAAGGACGGCUUCCCACCGCCCAUCCCCGGCUUGGAGAGCUGUUGGGACGUUUUCCGCAUGUCGGCGGAGAGGAAUCCCAAGAACCAAAUGCUUGGCCAGCGGGAAGUUGUAGAUGGGAUGCCGGGUGAAUAUGUUUGGUUGACUUACGAAGAAGUAUAUGAUAUCGUCUUGAAACUUGGGGUUUCCAUCCACAGUUGUGGAGUUGAGCAGGGUGGUCGUUGUGGUAUCUAUGGUGCCAACUGCCCUGAGUGGAUCAUCAGUAUGGAGGUGCUGGUGCUAUAGAAUUCAUUAUAUGCCAUGCGGAGAUUCAAAUUGCUUUUGUGGAGGAAAAAAAGAUUGUGGAGCAAUUGUAAGUUUUGGAAAGGUCAUUCCUGAGCAAAGAGAAGAGGUUGAAAAGUUUGGUUUGGCAAUUUAUUCUUGGGAUGAAUUCUUGCACUUGGAUGUCAAAUUAUUAGUUGAAGAUAUCAAGGAUUCAAGGUGCUAAAACCAACAAUCUUUUGUGUUGUUCCACUUGUACUAGAUCGGAUAUACGCAGGGCUGACAGAAACUUGUGCGGGAACAUUUGUCUCUCUACCAAAUGACUUCUCAAUGCUUGGAACAGUGGGCCCUCCAGUACCAAAUGUUGAUGUGCACCUUGAGUCUGUUCCUGAAAUGGGAUAUGAUGCCCUCUCAAGCAUACCCCAUGGGGAAAUCUGCAUCAGAGGAAAAACCUUGUUCUCUGGAUACCACAAAAGAGAGGAUCUCACAAAUGAAGUUAUGAUUGAUGGGUGGUUUCACACAGGGGACAUUGGUGAAUGGCAACCAGAUGGAAGCAUCAAAAUCAUUGAUAGGAGAAAAAAAAUAUCUUCAAACUUUCGCAAGGAGAGUACAUUGCAGUUGACAAUCUGGAGAACAUCUAUAGUCUUAUUUCUGAUAUAGAGUCUGUAUGUCUUGCAAACAAUAACUUGUAGAAGAACCUAUGUUUGUUAUUUCUAUUUUUCUCCGACAUGUUAUUGCUUCAGAUUUUUUUUUUAAAAGAUAUAUCUUCUGCAUUCUUUUCGUUA